GACAUCCCGAGAAACUCUCACCAGCGCACGGACCAAUAGGUCACCUGACUCCCACCCACAGUUGCCCAGGCGACCACGCCCUAGUGCCCCUGAGCCCCUGAACCCCUGAGCCCUCGAGCCCUUGCAUGGGACAGGAUGACCGCCCCCACCCCUCCAACUGAAGGGAGAGGAGGAGGACCGGCCCAGUCACGACACUCAAGCGGCCCCCCGACACCUCCUCGUUCCCCCCCACCCUCUGACAUCGACGCUAUCAAGAACAUGGUCGACGGAUUGGUAGCAUUGGCAAACCCAGAGAAGAAAGGGACCGCCAGAGGCAUGGGGCAAGACCUCCUCGCAGCUGUUCGCAAGCUAUACAAUGCGGCCCAGAACCAAACAGGAACCAUUUCACUGGCCAACCUCCGCAAAGUGGUAGCCGAAGAACUCAGGGCGGCCGCCACCGCACCCCAGGAUAAAAAUCCUGGGCCGUAGUGGCCUCCCAGGAAUCCAGCCAAACCCAGACGCAGACCACUGCCCCAGCAAAGA